UCCGCUCUCAAGGACAGCUCGGGAGUCCGACGAACGAACGAACGCUCGCGUGAUCGUGUUUCCGUCCCCUCUCUAGGGGCGACACAACUGACCCCUUGACACCAUGGCGAACCGCAUGUCGAUGUACUCGAUGGCCUCCGAGUCAAACCUCGGCGGCCCACGGGGACAGCAGUCCGCCCAGGUGUCGGCCACGACGCUGCUCAACUCGGUGCACAAUAUCUACCUCUCGUCCCAACCAUACCACCUUGAUUCGGGGACCAGUCUCGUCGUCAACACAUGGCUCACGGCCUCGCAGCCGGGCCCCAGCGGCGCUGUUGGCGGCACCAUAGACGCGGACCUCAUAACAAGGGCGUGGGAACAUGCCCGCCGCCGCGCCGAGGAUGGCUGCAUCAUAUUUGGGUCCCUCCACACGUCCACACCUUCGCUUCUCCGGCCCGCCCUCUCGUCGCUUCCCGUCGCGGUCCCCUCCUCAAUCCUCCAGUCCCUACAGGCUGUUGAGCCCUUCCUCCGCUGCGUCACCCCCUACAACCCCUCGGCUCCCAGGCAGAUUGCCCUGGGCGUCUCCCUGACCCUUAACCUUGCCGGGCACAUAGUUGGCGCGUCGGUUGCCUUGUCACAAGGCGGCAUUGACACGGAAAAGGGCCUGCUUCGUAUCCCAGCCGAGCCCGGCUACCGCGCUUUCGAUGUCUUCUACUACUUGCUCACCUCCGCCUCCACCCCCGCCGAGCGGGAGUUCCUCGGUCUCAAGGGCGCCUCCAGUUACCGCCUGCUGGCCCGCUCCGGCACAUAUGAUCCCCCCUCCUACCUGCCCACCGCCGACGACGGUGCCGCUGCCGAUGAUUUUCGCUCCGCCCUGAAGGAGAUCGGCAUCAAGGGGUCCGCCCACCGCAACUUCAUCUCCACCCUCGCCGGUCUCUUGAAGCUGGGCGACACGGUCGACUACGACGUUGACGAAGAGGUGCUGGACGAGGUGUGCGAGGACGUUGCUGGCCUCCUCGGUCUCGAGCCAGAGGUGCUCGCGAGACAAUGUUCUACCGAGGACCGUGCCACGCUCCUCGGCGGUCUGUACGAAGCCCUGGUGGAUUGGGUCAUCAGGAAGGCCAACGAAGCCAUUGCCGCCCAGAUGACCCGCAUCCGAGACGGAGAGGAGUCCGCGAACGGCAGCCAGGGCGACGGGGCGCCGAUCUCCCUCGAUGACACCGGCGAUACCGUGUGCCUCCACUUCCUCGAGAUCCCCGAUCCCAACCUGGGUAAGGCCGUUGCCAUGCGAGGCAUCUUCGACGACAACCAGGGCAUCAAUGCCGAGAUGAAGCAGGACGGCGUUGAGAUCGCCCCCGCGGGCAGUUCUGUUUUGCGUGAGAUGCAGACUGCCGUGGCCGAGGUCGGGCCGGAGCUGGGCAUCGUAGUCGGGUCUCUCGGGAGGGAGAGGCAACGCAUGCUCGAGAAGCGGGAAGAGUUGCUCGAAAAGGUUGGCCUAGCCGCCGAGGAUGACGGCUUUUUGAAGCAGCUGCUGUUCCCCGUCCCCGCGGAGGGGAUCAACCUCGGCCGCAGCGGCCGUAUCGACCUCCCCGCCCUCUUGAGCACCAGUCGCGCGUGGUACCACCUGUGCAUCCACCCCACCGAUGAAUCGCCGGCUAGCCUGGCGGCCUUGCCGUCGGUCAACUCGGCUUGGUCCGCCGGGACGGUGUCGAGGCAACUGCGGGCCUGGCGGCUACCUGAGUGGUCGAAUCGCCGUAACAAGCGCCUCGACUACACGGUUGACUUCGACUUCGACGAGUUUGUCCGCCGCUACCGUGUGCUGGGCUGCAUGGACGGCCGUGAUGGCAUCGAGAGCUGGAUUCUGGAGCGUGGCUGGACCAACGGUGAAGUCGUUGUCGGCCGCGAGCGCGUGUGGAUGAGGGAAAACGCUUGGUGGGAAGCCGAGAGCAUUCUAGACCUCAAGCCCGGCGAGGCCGAGAGGCUCGGGAGCAUGCCCAACAUGAUGCCUCCCGCCGGUCUCGGGUCGGGCUAUUCCGCCGCGGGCAGCAGCUUCUUCCCGCCGCAGCCGUUCCACGACGCUUCCUCCAACGGCAGCCACGAACAGCUUGUCCACCAGAGGAAUAUGAGCCAGGCAACUCUCGGCGGGAUGCGUCCCGCGGUAGCCCCCUCCAUCGCGCCCACCGCCAUGACGGGCAUGCGCAACGUCAGCAACAGCAACGGCGACUACGGGCUCGGCCACAAGGGCGACAACCACAGGGGCGAUGUCUUCUACAACGCCGAAGGCCAGUUCGUUGGCAACCUGGACCCGGACCUUGCGGAAGGCAAGAAGAUCGAGGAGCAGCCCGUCUCGUCCGGGAGAAGGGCGUGGGUUACCCUGGUCUGGAUCCUGACCUUCUGGAUCCCGUCGCCUCUUCUUCGGUACGUCGGUCGCAUGAAGCGCCCCGACGUGCGCAUGGCCUGGCGGGAAAAGCUCGUCAUCUGCUUCUUCAUCGUCAUUCUGAAUGCCAUCAUCGUCUUUUGGAUCAUCUUCUUCGGUCGCCUGCUCUGUCCCAACUACGACAAGGCCUGGUCUCGGGACGAGGUGUCACACCACCAGGGAGCCGAUGAUUUUUGGGUCAGCGUGCGCGGCAAGGUCUACGAUAUCACCAGCUUCUGGAGGCUGCAGCAUGGCACAACUGCGGACCCGACUACCGCCGAUGUCAUGCAGCCAUUGGCUGGCCUGGACAUGGACAACUAUUUCAUCCCGCCGCUCACCCUGGCGUGCCCAGGCCUGGUGUCCGACGACACCAUCAGGCUCACUCUCAACACGACACAGGAGUAUCCAAAUGCCGUCCACGACUCGGGACCGUACGCGAUGGAUCCGACCAGCGAUAUGCGUCAGAUUGACUGGUACUCCACCAAAUUCUUACCCCGGAUGAAAGAAUACUACGCGGGCGAACUCGUUUGGGAUCCGAACCAGAUCCUGUCGGAGGGAGCAAACGAGAACCACAUGUGGUUCAUCUGGGAGGACAGGAUUUACGACUUGACCGACUACAUGUACACGCAAAAAAUUGAAAACAACAAUGCCCGGUGGGCCUUCCUCAACUCGCAGAUCGUCGACGCGGUCAAGAACAAUCCCGGCCAGGACCUUACCACCCAGUUCGCCAGCAUUGUCCAGAAGGCCAGCUCCAACGCAACCGAGAGCGCCAACAUCGCCAACACGCUCAACUGCCUCAACAACCGCUUCUACAUUGGCAUCACCGACUUCAGGAACUCACCCAAGUGCCAGGUCAACAAGUGGAUUCUGGUCGCGUUCACCAUCGUCCUGUGCGCCGUCAUUGGCAUCAAGUUCAUCUCGGCCCUGCAGUUCGGCUCCAAGAGACGGCCGUCGCCGCAGGACAAGUUCGUCAUCUGCCAGGUGCCCGCAUACACCGAAGGCGAAGACUCGCUGCGCAAGGCGCUCGAUUCGCUCACGGCCCUGCAGUACGACAACAAGCGGAAGCUGAUCUGCGUCAUCUGCGACGGCGUCAUCGUUGGCGCCGGCAACGACCGCCCCACGCCCAAGAUCGUCCUCGACAUCCUCGGUGUUGAUCCCAAGGUCGACCCGCCCGCCCUGCCCUUCAAGUCGGUCGGCACCGGCAGCGAGCAGCUCAACUACGGCAAGGUCUACUCCGGCCUGUACGAGUACGAAGGCAACGUCGUUCCGUAUAUCGUGGUCGUCAAGGUUGGCAAGGAGUCGGAGCGCGAGAAGACGAAGCCUGGCAACCGCGGCAAGCGUGACUCGCAGAUCCUGCUCUUGAGCUUCCUCAACCGCGUUCACCACCGCGCCCCGAUGAACCCGCUCGAGCUGGAGAUGUUCCACCACAUCAACAACAUCAUCGGUGUGGACCCCGAGCUCUACGAAUAUCUUCUGAUGGUCGACGCCGAUACCUGUGUUCGCGAGGACUCGCUCAACCGGCUCGUUGCGGCCUGUGCCAACGACGCCAAGAUUGCUGGUAUCUGCGGCGAGACGAGCUUGCAGAACGAGGAGCGCUCGUGGUGGACCAUGAUUCAAGUCUACGAGUACUACAUCUCGCACCAUCUCGCCAAGGCUUUCGAGUCCCUCUUCGGCAGCGUCACCUGUUUGCCUGGAUGUUUCUGCAUGUACCGGCUGCGGACUGCGGACCGCGGGCGGCCCCUGAUCAUCUCGGACAACGUGAUCCGCGACUACAGCGUCUGCAACGUGGACACGCUCCACAAGAAGAACCUGCUGUCGCUCGGUGAGGAUCGUUACUUGACGACCUUGAUGACCAAGUACUUCCCGCACAUGUCGUUCAAGUUCAUCCCGGAUGCCUACUGCCAGACGGCCGCGCCCGAGAAGUGGAGUGUGUUGCUGUCUCAGCGCCGUCGCUGGAUCAACUCCACCAUCCACAACCUCGUCGAGCUGAUGUUCCUGCCAGAGAUGUGCGGCUUCUGCUGCUUCUCGAUGCGCUUUGUCGUGUUCAUCGACCUGUUCGGCACCAUCAUCCUCCCGGCGACCUGUGUUUACCUCGGUUGGCUGCUGUACACGGUCAUCACCCGCACCGGACCGUUCCCGCUGAUCUCCAUCGUCAUGCUUGCGGCCGUGUACGGCCUCCAGGCGUUGAUUUUCGUUCUCAAACGCCAGUGGCAGCACAUCGGCUGGAUGAUCAUCUACAUCAUCGCCUUCCCGGUAUACGCCUUCAUCCUGCCCAUCUACUCGUUCUGGAACCAGGACAACUUCACCUGGGGUAACACGCGCAUCGUGAUCGGCGAGUCGGGCAAGAAGCAGGUGGUCGCCGUGGACGACGAGGGCUUCGACCCGCGCUCCAUCCCCCUCCAGCGCUGGGACGACUACGCGCUCGCCAACAACCUCCCCGGCCGCCGCGGCGGCCACCCGGAGAAGGUUGGCCUCGACGGCGGCAUGGGGAUCUACGACGAAAACUACGAGAUGGACGACAUGAAGUCGGUCUACUCUUCCGUCCGCCAGCCCUCCGUGCUCACCGGGCUUCCCGGCCGCGGCGCAGGCGCCUACAUGCCGCCGACCCCCGGCACCCCGGGGACACCCUUCAUGAAUCGCUCCAGCACCUUCGUCGGCGCCACCCCCUACACCGACAACCCCCAGCCCAACCUGGCCCACCGCCAGAGCAUGAUGUCCAUGGGCGCCCCCAUGGCCGACCUGCAGCAGCAGCGCCGCAGCCACACGCCCUACUCCGACUUCCCGCCGGCCGGCCAGCGCGGCAGCGUCGCCAACCGCCUCUCCAUGGCCUCCACCAGCAUGCUCCAGCAGAGCCAGAGCCAGAGCAGGCUCGGCCUGCACGCGGACCUCAGCACCGGCUCGUUCGGCGGCGGCGGCAUGGGGAUCUCCGGCGGCGUCGGCGGCGGCGCGCCCGACGACGCGGCCAUCAUCGAGGCCAUCCAGUCGGUCCUGCGCGAGGUCGACCUCGACACCGUCACCAAGAAGCAGGUCCGCGCGUUGGUCGAGCAGCGGCUGCAGACGGAACUGGUCGGCGAGCGGCGCACGUUCAUGGAUCGGCAGAUCGACAAUGAGUUGGCCAAUAUGUAGUGCCUGCGCCUGCCUGUCUUGUGCCUGCCUUGUGCGGUGCGGGGGAUAGAAAAAUGGGUUGUUUGUUCAUUGUUUGGUUUGUUGAGUUUGGUUGGUUUGGUUUGGUUCAUCAAUCAUUGCUGGGUGUCACUAUGUGGUAAUAUGCUUUUCUACUGUCAGGGGCUUUGGAUCGUCAUCUCUCUCCCUUCAUGUUGCUGCUCUGCUCUGCUGUCUGUCUGUCAGUCACUCACAAGCAUGUCUUUGCUCAAAACUGUCUCAUCUAGCGCUAUCUUGGUGAUCUACCGGCCGGUUUGUUUGGUGGAGAUCGAAAGAAGGGUUUUUUCCUAUCUAUUUAUCUAGAUAACUUCCAUGUUUUUAAAAGGGGG